AGCUGCUCGAGCGCCGUCCGCUCCGGCACGCCCGGGGCAGCCCACGGGACCCUCGGAAAGAACUCACACCGCCCGCGCGUCCUCCCGGUGCAGCCAUGCUCUCCCGGGCGCUCGGCUCGCUCGCCGCCCGCGGCCCGGCGCUGGGCCGCGCCGCCGCGCGGCCGGCCCUUGCGGGCGCGGCCCGCACGGUCACGACCUCGAAGGUCGGCGGCUACGAGGUGUUCGACCACAGCUACGACGCGGUCGUCAUCGGGGCGGGCGGCGCGGGCCUGCGCGCGGCCGCCGGCCUCGUGGGCCACGGCCUGAAGACCGCGUGCAUCACCAAGGUCUUCCCCACGCGCUCGCACACGGUGGCGGCCCAGGGCGGCAUCAACGGGGCCCUCGCCAACAUGACCGAGGACGACUGGCGCUGGCACGCCUACGAUACGGUGAAGGGCUCCGACUGGCUCGGCGACCAGGACGCCAUCCAGCACAUGUGCCGGCUGGCACCGGAGGUGAUCCUGGAGCUCGAGUCCUUCGGCCUGCCGUUCUCCCGCACCCCGGAGGGCAAGAUCUACCAGCGCGCCUUCGGGGGCCAGAGCCUGAAGUUCGGGAAGGGCGGCCAGGCCUACCGCUGCGCGGCGGCGGCGGACCGCACGGGCCACGCGAUCCUGCACACGCUCUACGGCAUGGCGCUGAAGUUCGACUGCCUCUUCUUCGUGGAGUACUUCGCCCUGGACCUGAUCAUGAGCGAGGACCUUCGACGGCAAGACGUGCCUCGGGUGCACCGCGGUCUCCCCGCGGAGGACGGCUCGAUCCACCGCUUCGGGGCCCACUCCACGAUCAUCGCCACGGGCGGCUUCGGCCGCGCCUACCAGUCGUGCACCUCCGCCCACACGUGCACGGGCGACGGCAGCGCGAUGGUCACGCGCGCUGGGCUGCCCAUGCAGGACCUGGAGUUCGUGCAGUUCCACCCGACCGGCAUCUUCCCCGCGGGCUGCCUGCUCACCGAGGGCUGCCGCGGGGAGGGCGGCAUCCUCCGCAACAGCGAGGGCGAGCCAUUCAUGGCCCGCUACGCGCCCACCGCCAAGGACCUGGACUUGGCCUCCCGCGACGUGGUGAGCCGCGCCAUGACCCUUGAGAUCCGCGAGGGGCGAGGCGUGGGCCCGAACAAGGACCACAUCUACCUCCACCUGGACCACCUGCCCCCCGAGACGCUGGCCGAGCGCCUCCCCGGCAUCUCCGAGACGGCCAAGAUCUUCGCGGGCGUGGACGGCCGCUCAGGAGCCGGCGCCGGUGUUGCCCACGGUCCAUUACAACAUGGGCGGCAUCCCCACGAAUUGGAAGACGCAGGUCUUGCGGGGCGAGUGCAACACCAUCGUGCCCGGCCUGCUGGCGGCCGGGGAGGCCGGCAGCGCCUCCGUGCACGGCGCGAACCGCCUGGGUGCGAACUCGCUGCUCGACCUCGUCGUGUUCGGCCGGCAGGCCGCC